AUGGACAGACAGACACAGACCAGAUGCUCCCCUCCGCCUCGGGCCGUGCUCCCCUCCGCCUCCGGAUCGUGCUCCCCUGUACAUCCGGGCCGUGCUCCCCUCCACAUCCGGGCCGUGCUCCCCUCCGCCUCGGGUCGUACUCCCCUCCGCCUCCAGGCCGUGCUCCCCUCCACAUCCGGGCCGUGCUCCCCUCCGCCUCGGGCCGUGCUCCCCUCCGCCUCGGGCCGUGCUCCCCUCCACAUCCGGGCCGUGCUCCCCUCCACAUCCGGGCCGUGCUCCCCUCCGCCUCCAGGCCGUGCUCCCCCUCCAGGCCGUGCUCCCCCUCCGCCUCCGGAUCGUGCUCCCCCUCCGCCUCAGGCCGUGCUCCCCUCCACAUCCGGGCCGUGCUCCCCUCCGCACGGGCCGCAGGAAUCAAGUCCAUCAUCACCAGAACCAGCAAGUCUUCCUGCAGAAGACAUUAGUGCAAACUCCAAUGGUCCAAAACCUGCAGAAGCUGAACUAGAUGAUGAUAGAGAAGAUCUUUUUGCAGAAGCCACAGAAGAAGUUUCUUUGGACAGCCCAGAAAGGGAACCCAUUCUCUCCUCAGACGCAUCUCCUGCAGUCACCCCUGUGACCCCUACUGCACUCAUUACUCCUAGAAUUGAAUCAAAGAGUCUAUCUGCUCCUGUGAUCUUUGAUAGAUCCCGGGAAGAGAUUGAAGAAGAAGCAAAUGGAGACAUGUUUGAUAUAGAAAUUGGUGUGUCAGAUCCAGAAAAAGUUGGUGAUGGCAUGAAUGCUUACAUGGCAUACAGAGUAACAACAAAGACUUCCCUUUCCAUGUUCAGUAAGAGUGAAUUUUCAGUUAAAAGAAGAUUCAGUGACUUUCUUGGUUUGCAUAGCAAAUUAGCAAGCAAGUAUUUGCAUGUCGGUUACAUUGUGCCACCAGCUCCAGAAAAGAGUAUAGUAGGUAUGACCAAGGUCAAAGUAGGUAAAGAAGAUUCAUCAUCCACUGAGUUUGUAGAAAAACGGAGAGCAGCCCUUGAAAGGUAUCUUCAAAGAACAGUAAAACAUCCAACUUUACUUCAGGACCCUGACUUAAGACAGUUCUUGGAAAGUUCAGAGCUGCCUAGAGCAGUUAAUACCCAGGCUCUGAGUGGAGCAGGAAUAUUGAGGAUGGUGAACAAGGCUGCCGACGCUGUCAACAAAAUGACAAUCAAGAUGAAUGAAUCGGAUGCUAGAAAUAGUUCAUGCUUUUUCAUUUCAGAACUUUCAGCCAACACUGCUGCCUUUGCUAAAAGUGCUGCCAUGUUAGGUAAUUCUGAGGACCAUACUGCUUUAUCUAGAGCUUUGUCUCAGCUUGCAGAGCUUGAGGAGAAGAUAGACCAGUUACAUCAAGAACAAGCUUUUGCGGACUUUUACAUGUUUUCAGAACUGCUUAGUGACUACAUUCGUCUUAUUGCUGCUGUAAAAGGUGUGUUUGACCAUCGAAUGAAGUGCUGGCAGAAAUGGGAAGAUGCUCAGAUUACUUUGCUCAAAAAACGUGAGACUGAGGCAAAAAUGAUGGUUGCUAACAAACCUGAUAAAGUCCAGCAAGCUAAGAAUGAGAUAAGAGAGUGGGAGGCGAAAGUACAACAAGGAGAAAGAGAUUUUGAACAGAUUUCUAAAACAAUUCGAAAAGAAGUGGGAAGAUUUGAGAAAGAACGAGUGAAAGACUUUAAAGCUGUUAUCAUCAAAUACCUGGAAUCAUUAGUACAAACACAACAACAGUCUGCAGAGACUAAAGUUUCCCAGUGUUAG